AUGCCCACUUCUUUUCUAUCGAGAAGUGCUUGUUGUUUUGUUAGAGGGCUUGCGACGGCUACUUCUGCUGCGACGGCUACUUCUGCUGCGACGGCUGCGACUGCGACGGCCACGGCUACUACUGCCACGGCCACGGCAGCCUACUCAGUUCUCCCUAACAUUCAACAACCUGCGAAAUACACCUUGGCUACACUUAGAUCAUUUCCCUCAUUGGAACCACAUGAAGUAUUUCCUGUUCACACUAAGUUUCUCAAUGUUCCAUUAAGAAGAGACAUUCUUUGGUUGGCAGUGGUGAUGGAAUUAGACAAUAAAAGAGUGGGAGCGUCGAAUCCACCCGGUAGAUCAGAGCAUAAGUUCUCCAGAAGAAAGCUUAUGGCUCAGAAGGGAAAUGGUAGAGCCCGUGUAGGUGAUGCUAACUCUCCAACAAGACAUAGAGGUGCUCAGGCUUUGGCUCGAACAGCUCCAAAUGACUUUUCCACUACAUUACCGAAGAAGGAGUAUUACUUGGCUUACAGAAUCGCCCUAAGUGAUAUGUACAGGCAGGGAAAACUUUACAUCAUCGGAGAAAAUGCCCAGAAAUCAGACGAGUUACAGAAAGGUGACUCGUACCACUUGGAAAUAUGUACGGAUGACUCCCAUGCCGUCCAGCAAUUUGUCAAGCAGCACGAUUUGCGAGACAAAUUGAAUGCAUUGUUUGUUCCCAACGAUUACCUAGCCACGGCCAACUUAAGACAGGCUGUUCUCAGGUAUCCAAGCAACAGAUUGAGAGUUAUGGAUAAGCAAGACGUCCAGGUCAGAGAUAUUCUUAAGGCGCAUAGAAUAUACAUAGAGAAGGAGGCAUUCGAGUACUUUGUUGGCAAGUAUUCGAAAUAUCUUGUUUUAUAA